GUUUCCCCUUGAAGGGAUUUCCCUCCUCCUCUGCAACAAGACUCUUUAUAAGAAGCAGACUUUCUAUUUCACUCCUCACCGAGCCUCACUGGUUUUAGAGGCUGAAGGCUCUUCCCAAGCACUUUCAGCUGGAGCAGAAAUUAGAGUUUUGGAACCGCUACUUUCUCAUCACAGCAGCAACUUCAAAUGCCUGGGAAGAUGGUCCUGAUCUUUGGAGCCUGGACUGUGCUUUGGACACUGCUUGCAGCUUCCCAAGCUUUUAAAAUUGAGACCACUCCUGAAUUCAGAACUCUGGCCCAGAUCGGGAACUUGGUCUCACUGACUUGCAGCACCACGGGCUGUGAGGCUCCGUCUUUCUCUUGGAGAACCCAGAUAGACAGCCCACUGAAUGGAAAGGUGAGGAGUGAGGGCACCAAGUCCACGCUGACCAUGGAUCCUGUGAGUUUCGCCAAUGAACACUCUUACCUGUGCACAGCAACGUGCGGGUCUGGGAAACUGGAAAGAGAAAUCCAGGUGGAGAUCUACUCUUUUCCUAAGGAUCCGGAGAUUCAUUUCAGUGGCCCUCUGGAGGCUGGAAAGCCAAUCACAGUCAAGUGUUUGGUCCCAGAUGUAUACCCGUUUGACAGGCUGGAGAUGGAAUUACUGAAGGGAGACCAUCUCCUAAAGAAUCAGGACUUCCUGGGGGAUGUGGACAAGAAGUCCCUGGAAACCAAGAGUUUGGAAGUAACCUUCACUCCUGUCAUUGAGGAUACCGGAAAAGCUCUUGUUUGUCGAGCCAGAUUAUAUAUUAAUGACAUCGAUUCUGUUCCCAAAGAAAGGAAGACUACGAGAGAACUGCAAGUGUACAUCUCACCCAAGAAUACAGGUAUCUCUGUGAAUCCCUCCACAACUCUGCAGGAAGGUGGCUCUGUGACAAUGACUUGUUCCAGUGAGGGUGAACCAGCGCCACACAUUUUCUGGAACAAGAAAUUAGAUAAUGGAAAGCUACAGCUCCUUUCUGGGAAUGCCACUCUCACCUUAAUUGCUAUGAGGAUGGAAGAUUCUGGAAUUUAUGUGUGUGAAGGAGUUAAUCUAGUCGGAAAAGACAGAAAAGAAGUGGAAUUAAUUGUUCAAGAGAAACCAUUUACUGUUGAGAUCUCCCCUGGACCCCGGAUUGUCGCUCAGAUUGGAGAUUCAGUUGUGUUGACAUGUGGUGUCACGGGCUGCGAAUCCCCUUCUUUCCAUUGGAGAACGCAGAUAGAGAGCCCUCUGAGUGGCAAGUUGACGAGUGAGGGGACCAAGUCUGUGCUGACCCUGAGCCCUGUGAGUUUUGAGAAUGAACACUCUUACCUGUGCACAGUGACCUGUGGACAAAGGAAACUGGAAAAGGAAAUCCAGGUGGAGCUCUACUCAUUCUCUAGAGAUCCAGAAAUUGAAAUGAGUGGUCUGCUAGUGAAUGGAAACCCUGUCACAGUAACCUGCAAGGUUCCUAAUGUAUAUCCUCUUGACCGGCUUGAGAUUGAAUUACUUAAGGGAGAUACUAUUCUGAAAAAUGAAAACUUUUUGGAGGAACUGGAUAGAAAAUCCCUAGAGACCAAAAGUUUGGAAAUGACCUUCAUCCCCACCACUGAAGAUACUGGAAAAGUUCUUGUUUGUCAGGCUAAGUUACAAAUUGAUGGAUUGGAAUUUGAACCCAAACAAAGGAAGAGUACACAGACACUUUUUGUCAAUGUUGCCCCCAAUGAUACAACCAUCUUGGUCAGCCCCUCCUCCAUCCUGGAAGAAGGCAGUUCUGUGACAAUGACAUGCUCCAGCGAUGGCCUUCCAGCUCCGAAAAUCCUGUGGAGCAGGCAGCUAAAGGAUGGGGCUCUGCAGCCUCUUUCUGAGAAUGCAACUCUUACCUUAAUUUCUACAGAAAAGGAAGAUUCUGGAAUUUAUGUGUGUGAUGGGAUUAACCAGGCUGGAACAAACAGAAAAGCAGUAGAAUUAAUUAUCCAAGUUGCUCCAAAAGACAUAAAUCUUACAGCUUUUCCUUCUGAGAGUAUCAAAGAAGGAGACUCUGUCACUAUCUCCUGUACAUGUGAAAAUGUUCCAGAAACAUGGAUAAUCCUGAAAAAGAAAGCAGAGACAGGAGACACAGUCCUAAAAUCCAUAGACGGCGCAUAUAUCAUCCGGGAGGCCCAGCUGGAAGAUGCUGGGGUUUAUGAAUGUGAAUCUAAAAAUGAGCUUGGCUCACAAUUAAAAAGUUUAACACUUGAUGUGAAAGUACCUCCUCGAAACAUGACAAUAUCAAUACAUCCAUCUAGAAGUGUUACAGAAGGAGAAAAUAUCACGAUUACAUGUAAAACUUUUAGUCAUCCACCUGCAGUGAUUAUCCUGAAAAGAGUUGGUCUGGGCGAUGAAGUUACUAUGCGUUCAAAGAAUGGAACAUUUACCUUGCAUCAUGUGACUCAAAAUGACACAGGCGUAUAUGUAAUCAGUGCCUCCAAUGAGGUUGGGGCUGAUUCUGGACAGAUUGAGAUCUCAGUUAUGAAAAGAGAAAAUAACAACCCGUUUCAUCCUGCGCUUGUCCUGCUCUAUUGUGCAUCCUCCUUAAUCAUACCUGCCAUUGGAAUGAUCAUUUACUUUGCAAGAAGAGCCAACAUGAGAGGGUCCUACAGUCUCGUAGACGCACAGAAAUCAAAAGUGUAGCGAACGUCUGCUAUGUUGAACUAGAGACAUUAUUUAUUAGUCCAAAUCCUUAACACUGCUCAUCAUUCCAUGGGAAAAACAGUGAACUUGGAGUUCAGACUUCCCUGAAUGUAAUGAACUUGGAAAGAAAUGACCACCUAUGUCUGUGCUGCCAGCAAGGAAAGCCACAGGGAACCUUUCUGCCUGAAAAGCAGUCACUUCUAUUGAGAUGGGGCAAGUUCCUAGAUGUGCAUAGACAGUAACACAAUCUGUACAUAUAUAAAAUAGAAUUAUGCCAUAGCAAGGUUGCUUGCUUAAAAUAAGAUGGUUCAAAUAAUUAAAUGCUGUUGCCUGUACUGUGAUAAUUUAAUGUAUCUUAGGAAAAUUUUACAUUAAUAUUGACUGACAGCUGACCUACAUCAUUUUUCUUAUGUUUUAUUUCCUUUAACAAAAUUUUAUUCCUAUGAAGUUCAUUGAUAAUAAUGUUGUGUUUUGUAAAGAUGCCAGGUUUUAUAUGUUUAUAGGCAAAUGAUAAAUAGAGAGAGCGCUAGGUUGACUUUCAGGUACUAAAUGCCUCAACCGAUGGUGAAACGGUAGACUGGGUUUCUUUCCAGAAUGGUACUAGUAUGGUACGGAGAUGCAGCUUCAUAUCGGUUCAGCAGACUGUUGAGUCAUUUUCCAAAUGUGCUCUAAAAAUGAAACCUCUUUUGACUUUCUUUUGUGAAUGUCUAGAUUUUUUUUGUAUAGUAAAAUAAUAAUUUCUGGAAUUGGAAGGGUUGUGUGCUUAUUUAAUAGAAACUGCCUCCUUAAUCAUGGUGUAGCUUUUUUUCUUUUCUUUUGAGACAGUCUUAUUAUGUCACCCUUGGUAGAGGGCUGUGAUGUCACAGCUCACGGUAACUUCUAACUCCUGGGCUUAAGUCAUUCUCUUGCCUCGACCUCCCAAGUAGCUGGGACUACAGGUGUCUGCCACAACCCCCAGCUAUUUUUUUUUUUUUUUUGCAGUUGUCAUUGUUGUUUAGUAGGCCCGUGCUGGGUUCGAACCCGCCUGCCUCAGUGUAUGUGGUUGGCUCCCUAACCUCUGAACUAUGGGCACCAAGCCAUGUUGCAGCUUUUGUUGAAUUGCCAAGUUACAAGAGUGAAGAGUUCAAACUAUGGAAAUAAUAGAUACUGUAAAAUGUGGUCCACAGACUGCUUUUAUUAAAAUCACCAUGGGAAUGUGACAAAAAUUCAGAUAUCUUGGUGUCAUCCUAAGCUAAUGAAAUACUUGGUUUUGGUUCCUCGGAAUCUGCCAUUUUUUAAAUGUAAAAAUAUAAACAGUAUAUACAAAAAAAUGUAGAUUAAUAUACACUUGUCAAUGGGCAACAAAUGAAUACCUAUGUAUAUACCCCAAGGCCAAGAGGUGAAACAUCACUGUUCUUUAGAGCUUUUUAUGAGCCACAUGCUGAUGGCAACUCUUUCCUCUUAUUUAGCGUAACCAAUAAAUGUCUUGAAUUCUAUAUUGCUCAUUUCCUUGCUUCCUUUGGAACUUUAUACCUAUUUAUGCAUGCAUAAGUAGUACAUUACUUAGUUUUGCCAGGUUUUGAAUUCUAUAUAAAUACAAUAAAAUGAUGUAUUUGUCUGCCUCGUGACUUCAUUGUUUCCCUCAAAAUUAUGUUCUUGAACAAUUCAUUCGUGUUGCUGUAUAAUUACAGGUAAUUUAUUUUUUAUUGUGCUAUAGUAUUCUACUAUAAUACUUCUCUGUAAUUUGCUUAUCUCCUAAUGUUGAUCAAUAUUUGGGCUGUUUCUACUUUUUUCUAUUGUGAACAAAACUUCUGUGAACUGUGCACAUAUUCCUAGCUAACCUGUAUAAGAAUUUACCCAGGGUGCAACAAUUUCUCUAAGGAAACUGCCGGGUAAUAGUAUUUGUACAUACUGAAGUUUAUAGGGAAAACUAAACUGUUUUCUGAAGCUGCUAAAAUAAUUUAUACUUUAACCAGCAGGCAAAAAUAUUCCCAUUAUUAAAAAGCUUGCCAAGUGUGGUAUUGUCUGAUCUAAAACAUUUUUAAGUCCUUAUGACUGUAAAUUGAUUUAUCAUAAUGUUUUAAAAUUUAAUUUCGCAGAUUAUUAAUAAGCUAGAACUUAAAAAAACAUUUUAGGACCUUUUAUGUAGAAAGAAGAGUGUUCUCUUUUGUGAAAUGUCUGUACAUUUCUUUGGCUGUCUUUCUAGACAUUGGUUGUCUUUUUCUUACUGAUCCUUAUCAAAUCUUUUAGAAAAGUUUUGUUAUUUUCUUCAUUUCAUAAAUAUCUUCUUUUAAAAAUUUAUUUCCAGGGAGUUUGUAAUUUUUAUACUACUAUUAAUGGCAUCUGAAAAAUUAUAUGUAUUACUACAAUCAAUAAAUAGAACAUUUUUAUCACUUCGAGAUUUCCAUCACACUCCAUUGGCAGUAAAGCUUCCCACCCCACCACCAUCUUUGGCCCUUGACAAAUACAGACCUGUUUUCAAUCUCCACGGUCUUCUUGCUUCUUUUAUAUAAAUGGGAUUGUAGAGCAUGUAGCCAGCAGUUUUCAACCUCUGGGUUGUGACCCCUUUGGGAGUCGAAUGACCCUUCCACAGGGGUUGCCUAACCAUCCUGAGUAUCAGAUAUUUACAGUAUGAUUCAUAACAGUAGCAAAAUUACAGUUACAAAGUAGCAAUGAAAAUAAGCUUAUGGUUGGGGGUCACCACGACAUGAGCAACUGCAUUAAAGGGUCGCGGCAUUAGGAAGGUUGAGAACCACUGAUGGCCUUUUGUGUCUGUCUUCUUCACUUAGCUUAACACUCCUGAGAUUUCUCUAUGUCAUUUUGUGUAUAUUCCCAACUAAAUUAAACUGAUAUUUUAAACAUUGUACCUUUAGACAAUAAAG